AUGCAUUCACGCCUCAAGUCUUAUGAUUUGAACAAGGAACCAUUAUUGAGUAGCUUGUUGUUAUCACGGGUACAAAAAAGGAUUCCCGAGAACGACCCAAUCCGAAUAAAAUCUCUGACAAAUUAUGUCGAAGUUCAAAGUCUUGGGAACGGAAGGUUUGGAGAAGUGGUCAAAGUUCUUAAUGCUGCAAAAAUGGUCCACGAAACUGUCAAACGAGUGAAAAUCGAAAUGUUUGAUCACUGGAGUCAAUCAGAUUUUCGCGUUUCGCAUCGUUUGGAACUGUUUGUUGAAGAAUUCAGACAUUUACAUCGCAUAAGCCUGGCAAAUGAUAGGAUUGCCAACUUUCUUGGACUGUACGCAGAUAAUUUUCAGCUACUGGUAUUUACUGAAUACUUACCAAAUGGUUCAGUUAAGGACAAAAUAAAUAACAACAAUAUUAAUGAAACUACAGCUGUGCAUUAUUUCAUUGAUGCGUUGAAAGCUUUGCAUUACUUGCAUUCACUCGAGCCUCCUGUUGUUCACAGAGACAUAAAAGCUGCGAAUCUUCUGCUAACAAUUAGUGACAGUAUAAAGCUGGCAAAUUUCGGUCUUAUACGAGAUCUUGCUAUCGAUGGGUUUGGAAUAGCAGUAGGUUCCGAUAUUUCCUUGGAUUUCAGAGGGACUCUGUUGUACGUUGCUCCCGAAGUUCUAACAAGCCAGCUAGGUCCAGGAAACAGAAACGCUUACGGAAAACCUGCCGAUGUAUGGGCAUUGGGAUGCACCCUUAUCGAAAUGCUGACAAAAUAUCCUCCUCAUUUCGAAUAUUUCGGAGAAGUUGAAGGUAUCCAGAAGGAGAUCCUCGACAGAGCUUCCGGAGACAAGAGUGAUUGGCUGCCUUACGAUGCAGAAAUUCUUAUCCCAACGUGUUCUCAGUCUGUACAUAACUUAGUGAACAGUAUUUUUGAGAGAGACCCUAAUGUACGACCCAACACUAGUGAACUGUGUUACAUUGUAAAUAAUGUUGUGGAAAUUGACGGAACAAGAUCUCCUAGUUACCGCUCUUCCUUACUUAACGGCAAAAAUCCGGCAGAAAUUCAAGUAACGAGCUCGAAGGAUGAGAAUACAGUGACAAAAGGUGUGAUCAGCAAAGAUGCACUACCCUCUUUUACGCCCCUCGAAACCCUGGAAAACGGAUCUGUACGACGAAAACGAAAAACUGUACUUGUCAAAAGAAAAAGGAGCACCCUCGAAAAGUUCUCAUUAGCAAGUUUCUUCUUCUUCUCGAGAAUGCUCUACUUUAUAGGUGUCCUUGGGAAAUCUGUUCUAUAUGUAAUAUCGUUUCUGAUUAUUGGUCUGGCAACAUUGACACUCUUUCUUUUUAUUUCGUAUUGUGUUGUUCUAUUUUUUCGCUAUCUUAUCAGAUCAAAUUGCGAUUGUGAUCUCUGGCAGCCCCAGUACAUAAUAAUCAGUGGAAUUUUGCUAAUUUUACUGUUCGCUCUUAUGUUCAGCUGCUGCAUGGUCGCUCUUGGAGAGUACAAAUUCCGCAUGGCUAACAAUAUGUUGCGUGAAUCUCAAUUUUUUGUUGGGCGACCUUGCAAUGAUCUCGUUAUAUGUGGCUUUACAAUCCUCAAGGGAAAAGGAAUUUUAGAAGAAGACGAAGGUGUACAACCAGAAAUCCUUUCAAUUACUCCAGCAUUAGGUCAAUAUUCUGAUGAUGAGAAAUUCUAUUAUAAAUGA